GCACAACACAUGUGCAAACGACGGAGUAGACCUUUUCGAAACGAGAACGUCACUGCUACACAUCUUGGGCUGUAAUCAAGGAGUAAAAAUCCCGAUUCCAAGAUGGUGAACUUUACAAUAGACCAGAUUCGGGCCAUUAUGGACAAAAAGGCCAAUAUACGAAACAUGUCCGUAAUUGCCCAUGUUGAUCAUGGCAAGUCUACACUGACCGAUUCCCUGGUCAGCAAAGCUGGUAUUAUCGCCAACUCAAAAGCAGGUGAGGCUCGUUUCACCGAUACUCGCAAAGAUGAGCAAGAGAGAUGUAUCACCAUCAAAUCAACUGCCAUCUCUUUGUACUAUGAGCUGUCAGACAACGACAUGACGUACAUUACCCAAGAGAAGGACGGCAAUGGUUUCUUGAUCAACCUGAUCGAUUCACCCGGUCACGUUGAUUUCUCCUCUGAAGUGACUGCAGCUCUACGUGUCACUGAUGGUGCACUGGUCGUGGUAGAUUGCGUCAGUGGUGUGUGUGUGCAGACAGAGACUGUUCUUCGUCAAGCUAUUGCCGAGAGGAUCAAGCCAGUGCUGUUUAUGAACAAGAUGGACCGAGCUCUUCUUGAGCUCCAGCUGGAGCAGGAAGACUUGUACCAAACGUUUCAGCGCAUCGUGGAAAGCAUUAACGUGAUUGUUGCCACAUAUGGUGACGAAGACGGCCCCAUGGGAAACAUCAUGGUGGACCCAUGCAAAGGUACCGUUGGAUUUGGCUCUGGUCUGCACGGCUGGGCUUUCACACUCAAGCAGUUUGCCGAGAUCUAUUCAGCCAAAUUCAAGAUUGAACCAGCUAAGUUGAUGAAACGUCUAUGGGGAGAUCAGUUCUACAAUGCCAAGGAGAAGAAGUGGAACAAAGUUGGUGGUGAGGGGUACGUCCGUGGAUUCUGCCAAUUUGUUUUGGACCCAAUCUUCAAGAUGUUUGAUGCCAUCAUGGGUUUCAAGAAAGACGCAACUGCAAAGCUUCUUGAAAAACUGAGCAUCAAGUUGACUACCGAACAGAGAGAGAAGGAAGGCAAGCCGCUCUUGAAAGAUGUGAUGCGCAAAUGGCUGCCAGCCGGUGAAGCCAUGUUGCAGAUGAUAACCAUGCAUCUUCCAUCCCCCGUUACCUCCCAGAGAUACCGCAUGGAAAUGUUGUACGAGGGACCUCAUGAUGACCCAUGUGCUGUUGCUAUCAAGAACUGUGAUGCUAAGGGACCAUUGGUGAUGUACGUGUCCAAGAUGGUACCAACUACAGACAAAGGUCGCUUCUACGCCUUUGGCCGUGUGUUUGCUGGUACGGUUGCCUCAGGCCAGAAGGUUCGCAUCAUGGGUCCCCACUAUCAACCAGGAAAGAAGGAGGAUCUGUACCUGAAGAGUGUUCAGAGGACCAUUUUGAUGAUGGGACGUUACACUGAACCAAUUGAGGAUGUCCCAUGUGGUAACAUCGUUGGUCUGGUUGGUGUGGAUCAAUACUUGGUCAAGACCGGAACCAUCUCAUCAUACGAGAAAGCUCAUAACAUCAAGACCAUGAAGUUCUCAGUGAGUCCCGUCGUGCGUGUAGCCGUAGAGGCCAAGAACCCAGCCGAUUUGCCCAAACUUGUAGAAGGGUUGAAACGUCUCGCUAAGUCUGACCCCAUGGUACAGUGUACCAUUGAGGAGUCUGGAGAACACAUCGUGGCCGGUGCUGGAGAACUUCACUUGGAGAUUUGCCUCAAGGAUCUUGAAGAGGAUCACGCUUGUAUUCCACUGAAGAAAUCUGAUCCGGUUGUUUCAUACAGAGAAACUGUUGGUACUGAAUCUGAUAGAACGUGCUUGUCCAAAUCGCCCAACAAGCAUAACCGUCUGUUCCUGAAAGCUGCAAAUUUCCCAGAGGGACUCUCAGAAGACAUAGAAAAUGAUGAAAUCACCCCACGGAUGGAAGUAAAAGCAAGAGCACGUUUCCUGGCUGAUAAAUACGAAUUCGAUGUGAACGAGGCCAGAAAGAUCUGGUGUUUCGGACCCGAGGGAACUGGGCCUAACCUUUUGAUGGAUUGCUCAAAGGGAGUGCAGUACCUGAACGAGAUCAAGGAUAGUAUGGUGGCCGGCUUCCAGUGGGCAACCAAAGAGGGAGUUCUGUGCGACGAGAAUGUACGAGGUGUUCGCUUCAACAUUUACGAUGUGACUCUACACACUGACGCUAUCCAUCGUGGUGGUGGACAGAUCAUUCCAACCACUCGACGUGUCCUCUAUGCUUGUAUGUUAACUGCAAAGCCAAGCAUUCUGGAACCAGUGUACCUAGUAGAGAUUCAGUGCCCCGAGUCGGCUGUUGGAGGUAUCUAUGGUGUACUCAACAGAAGACGUGGUCACGUUUUCGAGGAGAACAAGGUGGUCGGAACACCGAUGUUCAUGGUAAAGGCAAACUUGCCCGUCAAUGAAUCUUUUGGUUUCACCGCUGAUCUUCGCUCCAACACUGGUGGCCAAGCUUUCCCUCAGUGCGUAUUCGAUCACUGGCAGAUCUUGCCGGGUGACGUAUUCGACCCCAAGAGCAAACCCGGCGACGUCGUCGCAUCCACACGUAAGCGCAAGGGUAUGUCAGAGGGCAUCCCACCCCUGGACAAGUACUUGGACAAAUUGUAAAUCAAUCAACAGAAUCCAGCAGGAGCAACCAACGACGAUGUGUAAUACUCGUCAUAGCAUAAUAAUGUUACAUCAAAUGUUUAAAACCCUGCUUUAGUGACACUCGCUCAUUUCAACUGUAGUCGACAAAAGUAGUAAUUUAAUUAUUACAUUACAUUUAAAUAUAUACCCAUUACAAGCUAUAUUUUGCCGAACACGGGAAAGCUUUUAGACUAAUUCAACCCGGGUCUAGCUUCCAGCAAAAAUAUUUGUAAAUUAAAAAAAGAAACAAGCAUUUACAGAAAUGCAUUGUCCCUGUGAUAUUGAAUACUGUCGUAUCAGUUGAUUUUAAGAAGACACUUGUCAUAAAAUUCAUCAAAAUACCUUCUUUUUUUUUCUCUUGAAAUUUAAAAUGAGCUGCCUCGGCCUUAAUUAAACAUAGUCAAUAAAAUUAAGGGUAAAGUCAAUUUUAAGUUGCGUUUAAAGACUCUUAGUAAAGGGUAGUGUUAAUCUAAUUUUGUGCGGUGAAAGAUCUUAACUGCGAAAUGAUAAUUAUGUCUGGUACAUCUUGGGAAAUUUAUCGGGUUCCACCAUUUUAUUCAGCGAGAAUGCUGGUAUAAUAUGAUUGAACCACUCUGGUAAGUUUAAUAGGGUGUGAUUUGAGAAGUGUAUUUUAUCGUAUAAAGAUAUAAAUCUGUACUAGUAGGGAUUUCUGAAUCAUUUUCAAACUUGACAGUCGAUGCGUGAUUUUCAAAGCGUGGUGGAAGCUGACUUGCAGGUAACUUUCCAUUGUUAACGUAGUUCUGAGCAUGCUCACAUUACCAAGAACAAUGGAAUUACCUGAUAAGUCUGCUGCCACCUAGUGUUUCAAAAGUCAUUCAGCAGUAAACUUGUUUGUAAAACUUGUUUAUUAAAUUGAAUGAAUCCUUUAAAAAAAAAAACUGAUGCCAAAGUAAAUUUUAAAUCGACAUUCAAUAAAACUAUGAUUGGAUAAAAGGCGUUAACAGUUAAAGUUGGGUGUGUUCAGAUGUCAUCGCAACCCGCUUGAUGCAGCAUUGGUCACACAAAUAAUUUGUACCAACGGUAUAUGUUUCAGAACAUUGCAACUGCUUCAUCUACUUUAAAAAUCAAAUCUGAAUUCCAGUUUGGGAAUCUGAAUUUGUUUUGUUUUCACAAAAUUUAUCACAAACAAAAGUAAUAUGUUUGUCAAGAGUGUUUUGUGCUGUAUCUUGGGUUAUAUUAAAACAAACUUAUUAAAAAAAUAUAAAGCAGAAACGAACAUUUAUUUAUGUUGUAAAGAUUUUCAACAGAAUACUGGUGAACCUAACUGGUCACUUGGCACUGCAAGAUGGUUGAUCUACCAAACAAUAAAAAGCUACUAAGCAAGUAUCUAUUA